AGCAUUGCUGUAGAAUCUCAUCACGUUGUCUAGCAACCAAGAUCAUAUCAAUGCACGCGCAGAAGCUUAUUUACCAAGAGUCAAGUCCACGUAACAUUAGAAUUGUCCAUUAUUUAUAAGCUGAGUAUUGUAGAAAUUGAAUUAAAUCGAUUAUAACUUUUGUUGCGAUGACAAUAAUACAACCUACUUUUCAUUCCAACAAUUAACCACAUUUAAUACAAACUAAUUUCAAAUCGUAGUAUGAGUUCUAGUCAAACAAAUGUGUCACGCAAAAAAAUUACUUCUUCAAAAGAAAGUUCUUCACGUCAUGAUGAACCCCGGAAGAAAACUUCCACUUCAAAGAAAGAAGAAGAAAAAAGUGUUACUUCAAAAUCAAGUCGACGAAGUGGAAGCAAUAGUGAUAGGAAUUCAGUCAAACAAGAUUCUGUAGAAAGUUUAAAUCGUGUUAAAAAGGAUAAGACUGUUAAUAAAAAUACACAAUCAUCAUCAGUAAAUUCAAUCUCGAGAGUUAAAAAUACGACUUCUCAUAAAAUAUUGGCAUCACCAAGGUCAAGUAUGAACGAAAUAAAAACAAAAUUAAAAACACAAAGUAAUGAAGAAAAAAGAGGAGUGAGUACGAUUUAUAUGCCGAAAAGAAGUACUAGUACUUUAAAACAAUCAAGUCCAGCUGCUGUCAAAACAAGUAAAGAUCUGGACAAAGGUAGAGAAAAAAAUCACGAAAAGCAUAGAAGUAGAGAAAAAUCUGAAACAAAAGCUAAAGGUUCUAGUCAAGAAGCGAGUAGUAGUAAACACCGUUUACCUUCAAGAGAGAGAAGAAAAUCGAGAACACUUAGUCCUAGUGAAGUUAAAAUGUUGAAUAGAAAUUUAAAUAAUCAUGGAGGUGUAUCAUCAUCGAAAAAAAAGUCAGGAAAGCAUAGUUCUUCAUCUGAAUACGAAUAUGAAGAUGAUUUCGAGGAUUAUGAGUCUGAUUUCCAAGAAUGUACUGAUAGUGAUGCUUCGCCAAUUAGUGAAUCCGAAGAAAAUUCGAGUUCCAGUGAAGAACCUAUUGAAUUAGUGAAUAAAAUUCAAAAUAAUGAAGAAAAAUCUACUGUUUUUCUUAAAAAAUAUUCUGAAGAAGAAAAAAUGCUGGAUUCAGGACAUUAUGAUCUUCAAGAAGCUCGAAGAAGAGCAGCACGAAUUGAUUUAAUGUCUGCUAGUAGAGCUCAUCGAAUUCCAACACAAAGCCUUCAACGACCAGCGUUUGUACAUAAUGAAGAUCCAUCUGAAAAAGAAGUCCGAUCAGAAGUACGAUCAUUACCUUCUAGUGCUGAUGAAGGAUUCGAAGACGGAAGAUCCGACGAUUUUGUUAAAUCUCCGCCCGUUUCAGGCUUAAUGUCAAUGGUUGAAGAUGUUGAUGCUCCAAAUAUUAAUGAAAAACCCAAGCUAACAGAAGUAGAAAUAAAUAAAGAGUCUAAAUAUUUAAUUAGAGGUAGACAAUUACUUCAAAUGAUUAAAUUAGAUCGGGUGUCUUGGUCACUAUAUGAAUCUACUCCAAUUCCUUACGAUGAUUUCAUUCGCAUUCAUGGGAAAAUGAAUACUAGACAAAUAUCGACACAGACUAAUGAAGAUAACUUAAGUGUUGAUAUUCAGACUGAAGAAAUAGAAUGUAGAAACAUGUGGACACAGUUUCCAAUAGUUUGUAAAAGUGUAUUGAAGACCAAUGAAGACAUUAAAAUUUUCACUAAAGAGUUAGUAGGAGUUGGUAGUGAUGAUACUGACGUUGAUGACUUGAAUCCUCAUCAGAAUCAAAUUUAUUAUGAUGUUUUACAGUUAAAUGAUUUUUUAUUGAAUGCAGGAAAGUUAAUGUUAGCUUUGUUAGAAGGAAAAUCAUCUGCAAAGAUGAAUUUUCAUAGAAGAGAAGAUCACAGUCGUAGCUUACCAUUUAGUGAAGGCUCUAUCAAAUUAUCUGUUGCUUCUGUUACGUUUUUAGCUAGCAGACCAGUGACUUUAAUCAGAUACAGUGAAGUCUCGCAUAAAAUAUUAUUAACCAUUCAUGAUCAUGCUGAUGAAGACGUUGAAACUCCGAUGGAUGAACAUUCUUACAUCACUGAUUGUUACAUUGGAUGUUUAUGGAAUAUUUUUGACCCUUCAAAGCCUGUAAAAAUAUUUUAUUCCUCUAGCAAUAUUUGUGCAUGUUGUUUUCAUCCUACGAAUUAUAAUAUCGUCUUCGCUGGACUUGAAGAUGGUUCUAUGAGCCUUUGGGAUCUUGGAGAAAAUGAAUUUUAUCAUCGACGCAUAGAGGAUAGAGAAAAUAAAUCAAAUUGGGUUAUUAGAAGUCCUACAUUCACUUCUGGAGGUAAUUUUGAAGACAAUAUGACUGAAUCUUCAAAAAUUGUCGCAGUUACAGUUUUAUCAAGAAUUAAUAAUGAUCCAAGUGGAAUUAUCGGAAAAUUUAUGCCUGUUGAAGUUUGUAGUUUAAAUGAAAAAGGAUGUUGUAUGAUUUGGAGUGUUGUGAAAAGUUUUGAAGGAAGUGUAACUGAUGAUUUGGGACAGUCUUGGUGGGGAAAAUUGAGACUCUUUAAAAGUCAUGAAAUUUUAUUAAACAUAAAUAAUGGAAUUCAUGAUAAUUUUAUGCAAGAAUUCAAAGAUAUGUGUUUGGAUUGCAUCGAUACGAAUAGUUUAUACAUCAGUGGUAAUACAAAUAAAAUUAUUCAUGCAACACGCAUAGGAAAGAAAUGUAAACCACAGUUGUAUGCUGCAAAUGAUAUUGUUGGUGGUAUAACUUGUAUUGAAAAAUGUCCAUUCAAUCAACCGUAUUUUCUUGUUGGCUGUGAGGAUGGUAGUAUUUGUCUAUUUUCUUCGAAAUUAGAAAAACCUCUUGUGCAAUUAAAAAAUCCAAAUAGCACUGCCGCAAUAAAAAUUAUUCAAUGGUCCAAAUCUAAACCUUUAAUUAUUUAUGUUCUUAAUGUUGAAUCAAAGAUUUAUAUUUGGGAUUUACGUAAAAGUGAUAUUUUUCCAACUUUUAAUAUUACUUUAGAGAAUGGGCAUGUCGAUAGUAUGCAACUGUCACCAUGUAGAAGCAAUCACGAUUUAAUAAAUCAAUACAUAACUCUAGGGUAUAAUAACGGUAAUAUUGAAAUUCAUAAACUUAAUCAACAAUUUCAAUAUCCUAAUAGAGACCAAAUCGCAUCUGAUUUAGAAGUGCUGUUAAAAUAUUUAUCGAUUUGUUAAUAUAUUAUUUAUAUUUGACUGUAAUCACUAUUAAUAUUUAUUAAUCACAAAACAGUAUUUAUUUUGGAAUUCAAAUAUUUCGACAAAGCACACGUAAAUGAUUGAAUAUUAUUGUUAUCUUUUUAUAUAAUA